CCGCUAUCUCCCGCUGCCCUGUGAGACCCCCAUGGGCCUGUGAGACCCCCACCUCUGCCGUAUUGUGUCCCGGAGGACGGACGAUGCGGGGUCUGGAGUGACCGGACGCGGAGGAGACGGUGACUGUCGCUGCUCUUAGACGCCCCGCUUAGAGCGAGGGGUGCGAGGUUGCUGGGCCGCCCGCCGGGGUCUGGAUGUUUCUGCCCCCCACCCGGCUUCUAUAAGGAAGAGAGAGAGGCAGCAGGGCGCAGCAUGUCGGGGAGGCCGCGAACCACUUCUUUUGCAGAGAGCUGCAAACCCGUUCAACAACCGUCAUCGUUCGGCAGCAUGAAAGUCAGCCGAGACAAAGAUGGCAGCAAAGUCACCACUGUGGUGGCCACCCCGGGUCAGGGUCCGGACCGGCAGCAGGAGGUCAGCUACACAGACACCAAGGUGAUCGGCAAUGGCUCCUUCGGUGUGGUCUAUCAGGCCAAACUCUGCGACUCAGGGGAGCUCGUGGCCAUUAAGAAGGUUCUGCAGGACAAGAGGUUCAAGAACCGAGAACUGCAGAUAAUGAGGAAGCUGGACCACUGCAACAUCGUGCGGCUGCGCUACUUCUUCUACUCCAGCGGAGAGAAGAAAGAUGAGGUCUACCUGAAUCUGGUGCUGGACUACGUUCCGGAGACGGUGUACAGAGUGGCCAGACAUUACAGCCGAGCCAAGCAAGCCCUCCCCAUAAUUUACGUCAAGUUGUACAUGUAUCAGCUGUUCCGCAGUUUAGCCUACAUCCAUUCCUUUGGGAUCUGCCAUCGGGACAUCAAGCCACAGAACCUGCUGCUGGACCCCGACACCGCCGUGCUGAAGCUUUGUGACUUUGGCAGUGCAAAGCAGCUCGUCCGUGGGGAACCCAAUGUCUCCUACAUCUGCUCCCGGUACUAUAGGGCUCCAGAGUUGAUCUUUGGGGCCACUGACUACACUUCCAGCAUAGAUGUGUGGUCAGCGGGCUGUGUGCUGGCAGAGCUUCUCUUGGGUCAGCCGAUCUUCCCUGGGGACAGCGGUGUAGACCAACUGGUGGAGAUUAUCAAGGUCCUGGGCACCCCAACACGGGAGCAGAUCAGAGAAAUGAACCCCAACUAUACAGAGUUCAAGUUCCCUCAGAUAAAGGCGCACCCCUGGACUAAGGGUUAUGUCUUUUUGCAGGUUUUUAGAGCUCGGACUCCCCCAGAGGCCAUUGCACUGUGCAGCCGGCUGCUGGAAUACACACCCACCGCCCGCCUCACCCCGCUGGAUGCCUGCGCCCACUCCUUCUUUGAUGAGCUGCGAGACCCCAACCCCAAGCUUCCCAAUGGCCGUGAAUUCCCUGCACUAUUUAACUUUACCACUCAAGAACUGUCCAGUAACCCUUCCCUAUCGUCUAUCCUGAUCCCAGCCCACGCUCGGAACCAAGCCUCUGUGUCCACCCCCACAAAUGCCACAGCGACAUCAGACUCGAACCCCGGGGACCGCGGACCGACCAACAACGCAGCCUCCGCCUCGGCCUCCAACUCCACCUGAGCCAAUUAUCGCAGCAUGUUCCGCGCACGGACAAGAAGGAAACGGGCAAAGUAGCAAGAGGGUGGGGAAAGAGAGAGGGGUAGCACUCACCCGGUGUCCCGGACUCUGCCACCAAACACUGGCCACAUUUAUCAAGAAAAAGAAAAAAAAUAUAUAUAUAUACAUAAACUGUAAAGGAAGCGCCAUCCAUGUGGAUUUUAGUGGUUCAGUUUUUUAUUAUAAUUAUUAUUAUUGUUAUUUAACCUUGUAAAAUAUCUAUAAAUAUCGCAGGAUUUUUUUUUUUUUCUGUAAUUUUAUUUUUUUGGGUUUUUAUUUUUUUUAAAUCUCACUCCAUCGGAGUUUUCUUGCUGAGGGGGCGUGUCCUCCUCCCCUCCCCCUCACUGGCCCCAGCAGAGGACGGCUCGUCGCUCCUCGGGCCCUUGUCUGUUACUGUGGCUUUUAUUUCACUGUACGUCGUGCGGUCAGCGGGGGAAGGGCGGCUCCUCCCUUCAUUGCACCGGAUUGAAUCUCGGAGUGCCUUAUUGUAUGAGACCCGUGACCGCCCCGCCGCGCACAGCGCCCCCUGGUGACGCCCUCUUUCUGUUUUCUCCUCCAUGGUUCUUAGUUUUAUUACUUUCCUGUUGUAAGUUUUUUGCCUGAUGUUCUGGAGGAGGGGGGGGGCGACGUGUAUGUGGCUUCUGAUUGGCUCUUUUUUGGCCUCUGUUAUUGGUUGGCUCAGAUGAAAGGGAGGGGCUUCACUAUGUAAUAAGGACAUUAUACCUCCACAUCGUUCUGCUACACCCAUGGGCAUUAACUCUGCUUGCUGGACUAGUGUUACCCCUCGGCACAGGAGAGUGGCCAUUAACCUUUUCACUGCUGGGGAUGGGGACGACGACGACGACGACUGUGCACAUCAAUGUACCUGCUGGACAAAGUGGCCUCGCUGUGCGGGUUGGGGGUCACUGUCCCCUCAUUCGGCACGGACCUGUGAUGGGUGGGGGCACAUCGCGGCUGAUUUCGGUUUAUUUCCCGCUAUCCUUGGUGUUAGUGCGCUCUGCCCCCGUCUCUUGGGUAUGAGGCACCAGCUACCUCACUGAGGCCACCCAUGAGUUGUCGUCCACAUGGUGGCGCUCUGCAGCUGCGGUACAUUUCCAUAGGGUGGAGCGUCCUCCGUUCUCAUGAAGGUGUAAAGCAGCUGCUCCGAGGGUUAGUCUCUGGCUGGGGCGGUAUUAGUAGCCUGUCUUAUUCUCUACUCACAGCCAGAGCUGCAGCCACACGGGGCUGGUUCCCAUUUGCACUCAGGUUGCCCUUGCCGCGCUUGCACUGAGCAUGUUCUGCCAAUGUGGGCAGCUUAAUAAUGACACCAGGCAUGGGGUGUUAUAAUACAGUGCACUGCAGGCCGUGUCUGUCCGCACAGUGCUGACGAAUUCCAAGUGGCAGCCAGCGGAUUUGUGAAUGCAGCUUUGGAUGUGAUUGGAGUAUGAGGCAUGAUUUAACCUGUGAAAUGCUGAGGAGCGUUAGAUCAGUACAGAUCCCCAUCCCAUCUGUAUGCACUAUGCCGCUACACCCCCCCCCCCCCCCUCCCCAGUGAAACAGGUACCUGUCCCCCCCAUCAGCCAUGAAGAGGUUAAAGAGGAGCUGUCCCCUCUCUGGCCAUGUGGAAGUGACUUCUUGUGUUCCCCAUCUAAUACUAUCUCUCAUGACUAUUUGGCGCUGUUCCUCUAUUAUUCCUGGUAGAGGUUUAUGGAUAAAGGUACUGAUGGGUGUUACCCAGUUGGGCGGCUGUCAUUGUAUGGUCUGACACUGACGACACUGAUUGGACCCCCCCCCCCCCAAAUCUGGUAACACCCAGUUGUCCAGUUAUUAAUAAACUUCUAGUAGGAAUAAUUCAGGACUAGGACAUCGGUGAUGAGAAUAGAGGCUCCAGAAUUGUUAUUACAAGGGGAAUGCAAGUGACACGGCCACGGCAGGAGGGGAGACGGGUUCCCUUUAAGUGGCCGCUGUUUUUUUUUUUUUUUUUUUUUAAAUCACUUUCCCCCCCACAAUCACGUAUGCGAUGUCCCCAAUAAAAGCACAGUGCAUGCAUCGGACGACCGGAAAGUUCCAUGUCACGUCAGCAUGGGGGGGAGGGGUUGGUGAGGAUGAGGCCAUGGUGUCCGCUCUUUGUAUUAUUUUUUUUAUUUUUUCUUAAUCGCGUGCAAAAAAUGCAAUAAUUUUAUUUUAAUUUUUUUUUAAAUUCUUAUUCUGAAGUCUUACCUGACGCGAGUUGGAAAGGGACGUGACCGGCAUCGUGCUCCAGAAUGUCGCCUACAGCUGUGACUUCGUCUCUAUAGAUGAUUAUAUAUACACACAUACAUAUAUAUAUAUUUUUUUUUUUCUUGCUUUGCCUGUAAUAUCGCUUCAGUGUGUGGUUUCUGAUGGACGAGUUGGCGAACAGCCUUCAAUCGGCUGCGAAGAGUCCAUUAUGAUUAUACGUGUAGAAAAAAAGAAAAUUAAAAAAAAACCUAAAGUUUCCAGCUGGCAGCGGUUACUCCGAGAUCUGCAUCCACGGGCUGAGGACAUUACUACUACUUGAACGCCUCUGUGACUGAAAUCCACCAACCUUGUGUGUUCGGCCCUCGGCGCGGUCACGUUCUACAUAUAUCUUUUAUUUUCUGAUGUCCGCCCCCCUCCCCCUCCCUUCCCUCUUUGUAAAUACGUUUUGUUCUGUGUGACACAAUUCCGGAGAUAGUUACCUGGUAUCUGUAAUUUGCAUUAAAUAAAAAAAAGUAGGUUUA